CCGCUCACUCCACUGACAGGACAGAAGUUGUUGAAUUAACGAAAAGAAGUGCACAAUUAAAGAAUAUUCCGGGGAGUGGUAACUAUGUUUAACGACUCAUUUUGCGACCGUUCUGAUUCUCAAGCUCAUACGCCCGAUGUCUUGGACCAGGAUUGGCAAUACGAACCCACUCCAGGAUAUCAUGAUCACACACCACCCUCAGGAUAUGGAUUCAGCCCUUCACCAGAUUGCUACACUCAAGAUGGCCCUGCAGCCCUCUCUUCUCCCCAGGAAGACAACCCAAGGCUUCUUCAACUCAGCGAGUGGGAAGAAUAUAGAACAGACGACGAACUCCCUCAAAACGUUAUCCGGUAUACGAUCGAGUGGAAGGUGAAGGUGAAUAAUCGCUUCAGGUCGGAGGAAACGGAACAGGAUGUAACCCUCACUCCAAGUGCUUAUUGGCCCUCGGUUCUCAAGGGUAAGCUUGAGAAAGUUCUCCAAGAGAGAGUCUCUCGUAAUCGACGGGUCAGGUCCGAUGACACGUCCAUGGUUGUGUCGGUCAACGAUCGCAAGCAACGAAACCUAAAGAAGCGGUUCAACGCUCUCGAUAUUGAUUGGAUGGCGGUCGAGAAACAGUUACUUGCGUGGGGUAAACUUUAUACCCGGGGCAAGGAGUUGAGACUCAUGAUUGUUUUCCACUAUAUAGAGGACGACCUUUCUAGGAGCGAGAAGCGGGGAAAGUCGUCUGUCACCAAGAAAAUGCUCAACGAGCGAGACGCACAACUUGACGCCGAAGAGUAUGUGUCCGGGCAACAGUCGGUCUGGCGGGCUGUCUACAGCUUGAUGCGUUGCCCUUCCCCAUCCUGUCACCUAGGCCCGCAUUGCUGGCAGGAUCCUCAUGGGAAGAAACACUACCAGCUAAGGACUCAUCAUUUGAAACGUCUGAUAGCUUACGUUGAAGGGGGCGGCGUUCUGGAGUGCCAGGAUGAUGUUCCUGACACUUUUCGUGAAGAGCUCUACAUGGAGGAACAGCACAGGCUAGAAUCUUCACGAUCCAAGAGCAAUAAAGGAGCCAUCUCCGGAAGCUGCCCGCCGAUCAAUAUCAACUUUAUGGGAGCGCAGCCUUCUCUGCAGCCAGCAGUGGUUACUCCUACAGCGGUACCUGUUCUGCCGCCUCUGAAAAAUAGGCAAGACCCAAAUCGGCUCGUCAUCGAUGGACCCCGAGAUGUGGCUGUGAGAGACUACAGUGCAUGGCAAGAAACAAACGUCAUUGAUGAAACCCUUAAGGCCCAAUUUCGGCUGGCCUGUGAUGUAACGCUCACCAACGGCUUGGAUCUUGAACAGAUCUAUGAGGAUCAUGAUGCCGGAUUCUUCAUCGAAAAAGGAGUUGCGGUAGGUAUCGCACGCCGGUUCGUAGGCGAUAUUGGUAGAUGGGCAAGGGAUGUGAGGGAUUGACUACGCAGGCUUACAGUGCGAAUGCGUGGCAGGCGUUUUGAUAUUAUAC